AUGACCAUGCGUUGCGGUGCGAAUGUGUUCUUUCGGGAGACAAAAGCUGCACUUUGCUUCCUGCUGUCCAUCCUUGUAAUUCCCUCGCAGAGCUCUCAACAAGUCCUCCGAAUCGGAGGUAUUUUUGAAACUACUGAAAAUGAGCCUAUUAGCAUUGAAGAGAUGGCCUUCAAAUUUGCAAUCAAUAAUAUAAACAGAAAUAGGACAUUAAUGCCUAAUACCACCCUGACAUAUGAUGUACAAAGAAUCAAUCUUUAUGACAGCUUUGAAGCUUCCAGGAGGGCUUGCGAUCAGCUUACACUUGGAGUAGCGGCUGUAUUUGGACCAUCUCACAGUUCUUCUAUAAGUGCAGUACAAUCUAUCUGUAAUGCAAUGGAAGUUCCACACGUUCAGACCCGUUGGAAACAUCGAAUUGUGGAUCAGAAGGAAUCAUUCUACGUUAAUCUCUAUCCAGAAUAUACAUCUAUCAGUCGAGCCAUCUUGGACCUGGUGCAGUACUACAAGUGGAAGACAAUCACUGUAGUUUAUGAAGAUAGUACAGGUCUCAUACGUUUACAAGAAUUAAUGAAAGCCCCCUCCAGAUAUAAUAUUAAAGUUAAAAUUCGUCAGUUGCCAUCAGGCAAUAGAGAUGCUAAACCUCUUCUGAAGCAGAUGAAAAGGGGGAAGGAGUUCUUUGUGAUAUUUGACUGUACAUAUGCUACUGCUGCCCAAAUAUUGAAACAGAUCCUCUCAAUGGGAAUGAUGACUGAGUAUUACCAUUAUUUUUUCACUACGCUGGAUCUGUUUGCAUUGAACCUGGAACCUUAUCGGUACAGUGGUGUCAACAUGACAGGGUUUCGCCUUCUAAAUAUGGAUAACCCACGUGUUGCAUCCAUUACUGAGAAAUGGGCUAUGGAACAACUUCAAGCACCACCAAAACCAGAUUCAGGAAUCCUGGGUGGGAUGAUUACAACAGAUGCAGCCCUGAUGUACGAUGCAGUGUACGUCGUAUCUCUAGCUUUUCGGAAGGCAUUUCAAAUGACAGUCAGCUCUUUACAGUGUCAUAGGCACAAGCCCUGGCGCUUUGGAUCCAGGUUCAUGAACCUCAUCAAAGAGACACAGUGGGAUGGCCUGACAGGACGUAUUACCUUCAAUAAAACUGAUGGUCUACGGAAAGAUUUCAAUUUGGACAUUAUAAGUCUGAAGGAGGAAGGCCUUGAACAGCCUUCUCGUGGCACUCGUUAUCCCUACAGUAAAGUAUGGCAGAAGAUUGGAAUCUGGAAUUCAAACACAGGACUUAACAUGACCGACAGCCUGAAAGACAAGUCCACCAAUAUCACUGACUCUUUGGCUAAUCGGACUCUUUUAGUCACCACUAUUUUGGAAGAUCCUUAUGUAAUGCACAAGAAAUCUGACAAACCUCUGUACGGGAAUGACCGUUUUGAAGGUUAUUGCCUUGAUUUAUUGAAAGAAUUGUCAAACAUUCUGGGUUUCACUUAUGAAGUUAGACUCGUGGCUGAUGGAAAAUACGGGGCACAGAAUGAAAAGAGCGAAUGGAAUGGAAUGGUUGGAGAACUCAUUGACCAUAAAGCAGAUUUAGCUGUUGCCCCUCUCACUAUUACCUACGUACGGGAGAAAGUUAUUGACUUCUCAAAACCCUUCAUGACUCUGGGAAUUAGCAUCCUCUACCGGAAGCCCAAUGGCACAAACCCAGGUGUUUUCUCUUUCUUGAAUCCGUUGUCCCCAGAUAUUUGGAUGUACGUGCUGCUGGCCUGCCUUGGGGUCAGUUGUGUACUUUUUGUUAUCGCCAGGUUUACACCCUACGAAUGGUACAAUCCCCACCCUUGCAAUCCUGACUCAGAUGUGGUGGAAAACAAUUUUACUUUGCUAAAUAGUUUCUGGUUUGGAGUUGGAGCUCUCAUGCAACAAGGCUCUGAACUGAUGCCCAAAGCGCUCUCCACUAGAAUAGUGGGUGGAAUAUGGUGGUUUUUCACAUUAAUUAUAAUAUCAUCAUACACUGCCAACUUGGCUGCCUUUCUGACCGUGGAAAGAAUGGAUUCUCCCAUAGACUCAGCAGAUGACUUGGCAAAGCAAACCAAAAUAGAAUAUGGUGCUGUCAGAGAUGGAUCCACAAUGACUUUCUUUAAGAAAUCUAAGAUUUCAACCUAUGAGAAAAUGUGGGCAUUCAUGAACAGUCGGAAGCAGACAGCUUUGUUGAAGAACAAUGAAGAAGGGAUUCAACGUGUUCUCACCACUGACUAUGCUCUCCUAAUGGAGUCAACCAGUAUUGAAUAUGUUACUCAGCGAAACUGCAACCUGACCCAGAUUGGUGGCCUCAUUGACUCAAAGGGUUAUGGUGUUGGAACACCAAUAGGGUCUCCGUACAGAGAUAAGGUCACAAUAGCUAUCCUGCAGCUUCAGGAGGAAGGAAAAUUGCACAUGAUGAAAGAGAAAUGGUGGCGUGGGAAUGGCUGUCCAGAAGAGGAUAACAAAGAAGCAAGUGCCCUGGGUGUUGAAAACAUAGGAGGGAUAUUUAUCGUACUUGCUGCAGGGCUUGUUCUUUCGGUCUUUGUAGCCAUUGGUGAAUUUGUAUAUAAAUCCAGAAGAAACAACGAUGUUGAACAGUGCUUUGCAUUCAGCACAGUGAUCGAGGAGCUUCGUGUUUCACUUAGGUGUCACAAAAAAUUGAACAAAAAUUCCAGAACCAGAAGAAAAUAUGGGUUGUCAAGCAUCCUCAUGUGUCAUCAAAGGCGAAUUAUACGAAAAGAGACAAUAACAUGA